UAACCGCUGUUCACUGCUUGCACAGGCCUCUCAGGAGGAGCUGAAGGCUGCCUACCGCCGGCUCUGCAUGCUCUACCACCCGGACAAGCACAGAGACCCCGAGCUCAAAAUACAAGCUGAGCGGCUGUUCAACCUGGUUCACCAGGCUUACGAAGUGCUUAGUGAUCCACAGACCAGAGCCAUCUAUGACAUAUAUGGGAGGAGAGGACUGGAAAUGGAAGGAUGGGAGGUUGUGGAAAGGAAGAGAACUCCAGCUGAAAUCAGGGAAGAAUUUGAGCGUUUGCAGAGGGAGAGGGAAGAGAGGAGACUGCAGCAGCGCACUAAUCCAAAGGGAACAAUUAGUGUUGGAAUAGAUGCCACUGACCUCUUUGAUCGCUACGAUGAAGAGUAUGAAGAUGUGCCUGGGAGCAGCUUUCCCCAGAUUGAGAUCAACAAAAUGCACAUAUCCCAGUCCAUUGAGGCACCGCUGACAGCCACGGACACGGCAAUACUGUCAGGGAACCUUUCCACCCAGAACGGGAACGGAGGCGGAUCCAUCAACCUUGCUCUGAGACGAGUCACAUCAGCCAAGGGAUGGGGAGAGUUGGAGUUUGGAGCAGGAGACCUGCAAGGACCUCUCUUCGGUCUGAAGAUAUUCCGUAAUCUUACACCAAGAUGUUUCGUCACCACCAACUGUGCCCUGCAGUUUUCCUCCCGCGGGGUCCGCCCGGGGCUCACCACGGUCCUGGCCCGCAACCUGGACAAGAACACGAUGGGAUACCUGCAGUGGCGCUGGGGCAUCCAGUCAGCCAUGAACACCAGCAUCGUCCGGGACACCAAAACCAGCCACUUCACCAUGGCCCUGCAGCUGGGAAUCCCCCAUUCUUUCAUGAUGGUCAGUUAUCAGCAUAAGUUCCAGGAUGAGGAUCAAACACGAGUGAAAGGUUCUGUCAAGGCGGGUUUCUUCGGGACCAUAGUGGAAUAUGGAGCAGAGAGGAAGAUUUCCAGACACAGCAUUUUAGGAGCCACUGUCAGUGUUGGUGUUCCCCAAGGAGUUUCUUUGAAAAUCAAGUUGAACAGAGCUAGCCAGACCUACUUCUUCCCUGUCCACCUAACGGAUCAGCUGCUUCCCAGUGCUGUAUUCUAUGCCACGGUGGGACCUUUAGUUAUCUACUUUGCCAUGCACAGGCUAAUCAUCAAACCCUACCUCAGGGCACAAAAGGAGAGAGAGCUGGAGAAGCAAAGGGAGAGUACAGCCAGUGACAUCCUCCAGAAGAAGCAGGAGGCUGAAGCUGCAGUCCGGUUAAUGCAAGAGUCUGUCCGGAGGAUCAUUGAAGCAGAGGAAGCCAGAAUGGGUUUGAUUGUAGUGAACGCCUGGUAUGGCAAGUUUGUUAAUGACAACAGCAGGAAGAAUGAGAAGGUGAAAGUAAUAGAUGUGACUGUGCCCCUGCAGUGCUUGGUGAAAGACUCCAAACUCAUCCUCACAGAGGCAUCCAAGGCUGGGCUGCCAGGUUUCUACGACCCUUGUGUGGGUGAGGAGAAGAGUCUGAAAGUGCUUUAUCAGUUCCGAGGAGUUCUGCACCAGGUGAUGUCAGCUGACAAUGAGGCCCUCAGGAUACCAAAGCAAUCUCACAGGAUCGACGCCGAUGGUUAAGCUGGGGGACCCACCUGGCUGUGCCGGUACCGGGCCCGCAGGAACUGCAAAACCUCCCUGGACACUACAGGUCUGAACAGAGACAUUUUUAUUUGUACUACCCAUAUAGCAGGUGGUGUCCUACCGGUUGUGUUAGGAGACAAAAUGAGAGAACCUGCUGCUACGGGUGGCUCCAAGGCAAUACUUCUCUGAAUUGUGGCUCAGUAACCAAUAAAGCAACGUGACUC